AUGUAUGAACUCGUCUUCGUCUUCUCUGCUUCUCUAACCGCUUCCUGUCUCCGCGCUGUUUGUUUCUCUCGUCUCUGCGUCUCUCGUCUCUGCGUCUCUCGUCUCUGCGUCUCUCGUCUCUGCGUCUCUCGUCUCUGCGUCUCUCGUCUCUGCGUCUCUCGUCUCUGCGUCUCUCGUCUCUGCGUCUCUCGUCUCUUCACUUCUCUCGUCUCUUCGUCUCUCUUGCUCUUCACUUCUCUCGUUUCUUCGCUUCUGUCGAGUCUGGUACCCGAGCUGUCUUUCCACCCCCUUCAACACGCCUGUAAUUGCUCGCUCAGCUCCUCACACAUCCACGCCAUGCCCUCCUCGACCACUGCUUCCAGGCUGUCCAGGCUGUCCAGGCUGUCCGUCUUCUUCCUUCUCACCUCAGCCGUCACACCAGCCCAAGCAUCGACCCUCUUCUCUCGACAGGCGCAAACAUGUGGCGGCGUCCAGGGCCUGCAACAGUGCGGCAGCAGCUUCCCGUCCGACUUCUGCUGUCCCACAGACUCGACGUGCAUGUCCUUGAACACUGCCGACGUGCAGUCCGUCAUCUGCUGCCCUGCCGGCGCAGACUGUGCUUUCAUCCAGCCCAUCACUUGCGACGUCAAACAGCUCAACGCCACCCUGCAUCCUGACAACCAGAUGCACCUCUCCGACACAGCCGGCAUAGAGCUCCCUACGUGCGGCACUCAGUGCUGUCCGCUAGGCUACACAUGCAAGAGCGGCAUGUGCUCCAAAGACGACACAAGUCCAUCACCCACCUCGUCGGCCACCUCGACACCAUCGCCCACGAGGCCUGCGUCCUCGUCGCAGACUUCCGGCUGCCCAGCGCCUGUGCCCGUGAAGCAGGGCUUCGACGGCAAGUCCUUUGCAGCUGGCCUCUUCCCCGGUCUCGUCAUCGGUGCCCUGGGGGCCAUCGGUCUCAUGUGGCUGAUCAACACGCGCCGCGAAUCACAGAGCGAGAAGAAGUACUCUGGGGACUUUGGCCACGUAGCCCGGCACAUCAGCGACCCAAUCUACGACCCCGAGCACGCCGCACGAGUAGACUUCAUCAGACGCCCGUCGCACUCUACCCACCGUUCGCCAAACUCUUACAACUCCAACACGGGCAUGGUCUCGAACGGCAUGCCGAGCAAGCCCACCGUAGGCACCGGUCUCACGCCACGGAUUAGGAGUAUGUGGGACCGCACACCCAAGCUGAACUUUGGCUUCACCAACGGCCCCGGCCUGCCCGCCAACCCUAACCCAGCUCGCCCAGCUCCGGCAGUCCGUGCUGGCAGCAGCGACCGCGAUCCCUACAAAACGCCAACCUUCACGCCCAAGCGCGCUCCCUCGCAGCGCCGCACAAGCAGGUCCUCGCGCAGCCACCGUCGACGCGAGCCGGAGAUGGAACAGCGUCCUCCCCCGCCAGACCGCCAGGACAGCACCGAGACAAUCGACGUGCUGAUGCCAGCGCCGAACCUGAGUUUCCUUGCGCCGCCCAAGGCGCCGGGGAUGCGGGAGAACAGAGCAACGUGCGAUUCAGGGACAACUACCUUCACCAAGCUGAUGGAGCGGGCCGGGUUUGACGACGACGUGAACAGGGACGUCAAGAACUUCAGCAGUCCCGCAGGGCGGUUCUAG